CUUUUAGCCUCGACUUCUACAGUCAUAUCAGCUCCUUUUUUCCACAUUCAUUCGUUCGAUAAAGCUCUAGUUAGGAUACGAUGCCCUCAUUUCUCUCCUUGGUCCUCACUAGUGUGAUGACCUACUCUGUCUUAGCUAGCAUCUCGUCUCCCAAUUACCUCCCCUUUGAGCUUGAGAAACGCGACUGCGGCUUCAGCUACUGCGAUUGCCAGAAAGUCCAGUGUUUUCUCGACUUUUGCUUCGACGAUCACGUAGAUCCCUGGGUUCUGGUCGACAGUGCCAUGAACCAGUAUUACGGGGUAGACUGUGGUCAGUUCGAUUAUUGGAAACGCAACGAGCCCGCUGAGUAUUGUAACAACGGGCUGCGUAAGGGAAAUGCUCUCUUCUACAUUAACCGCAAGUUCGGCUCGCUUGGUAAAUCAUUUACGGUUGAUUACAAGAAUACGGACGCCAAGGCCCCAAACCGCGGCUCCGUGUACGGAUCCUGCCGCCCAGUCCAGGACGUGCAGUGUACUUGCCACUCGCGUUACAAUUCUGCGAAGCAUGACUGCUCAAGAAGCUGCGAUGAUUGAGAAGGCUGAUGGCGCCAACAAUAAGAUGAACUGUACUCCGUCAGGGCGGACAAUGUGAAGCGGUCAGA